UCUUGGAUCUCGUUUUUCUAUUUAUUCUAUUUAUUUAUUUAUUGGUUCUUAAGACGCGAGGGGGAUGGUGGCGGAGCGCGCCCGCAAAGCGGCAGCCACCGGCACUCGCGGCCCUGGGGAGCUGGGCGCGCCUGGGCCGGGGACAGUGGCGCUGGCGGAGCAGUGCACGAGGCUGCCGAGCCCCGGGUGCUGCGGACUGCUGGCUCUGGCGCUGUGCUCGCUGGCGCUCAGCCUGCUCGCCCACUUUCGGACCUCCGAGCUGCAGGCCCGGGUGCUGCGCCUGGAAGCGGAGCGCGGGGAGCAGCAAAUGGAGAAAGCUAUUUUGGGACGAGUCAACCAACUGCUGGACGAGAAAUGGAAGUUCUACUCACGCAGGCGCCGGGAGGCUCCCAAGAUGUCUCCAGGAUGUAACUGCCCACCAGGACCUCCUGGACCCACUGGAAGACCUGGACUCCCAGGGAACAAGGGUGCCAUUGGGAUGCCUGGACGUGUGGGUAUCAAAGGUCAACCAGGAGAGAAGGGUGCCCCUGGAGAUGCGGGGAUGUCCAUCAUCGGGCCUCGAGGCCCCCCUGGCCAGCCAGGCACUCGAGGCUUCCCUGGAUUUCCGGGUCCUAUUGGUCUUGACGGCAAGCCGGGCCACCCCGGACCUAAAGGAGAGACGGGCCUGGUGGGUCCCCGAGGACAACCGGGACCCCCAGGACAAAAGGGAGAAAAGGGUCAGUGUGGCGAGUACCCACACCGGCUGUUGCCUCUCCUCAAUUCAGUGCGUCUGGCUCCACCCCCAGUCAUUAAAAGGCGGACCUUUCAGGGGGAACAAGGCCAGGCUGGCAUCCAAGGCCCUCCAGGACCACCAGGGCCCCCAGGACCAAGCGGCCCUCUGGGACACCCAGGACUGCCGGGGCCUAUAGGGCCACCUGGUUUACCUGGGCCUCCUGGACCAAAGGGAGACCCAGGGAUCCAGGGCUACCAUGGCCGCAAGGGAGAGCGGGGCAUGCCGGGCAUGCCAGGCAAGCACGGAGCCAAGGGGGCUCCUGGGAUUGCCAUGGCUGGGAUGAAGGGUGAGCCCGGGACUCCAGGAGCCAAGGGUGAGAAGGGGACUACAGGCUCCCCUGGGCUCUCAGGCCUCUUGGGGCAGAAGGGAGAAAAAGGUGAUGCAGGCAAUGCCAUUGGAGGAGGCAAGGGGGAACCCGGCCCCCCAGGGCUCCCUGGGCCCCCAGGGCCAAAGGGAGAAGCUGGUGUUGACGGCCAGGCUGGCCCCCCAGGACGGCAAGGAGACAAGGGACAGUCAGGAGCAGCUGGGGAGCAGGGACCAGCCGGCCCCAAGGGCUCCAAGGGUGAACCCGGCAAGGGAGAGAUGGUGGACUAUAAUGGAAACAUCAACGAGGCACUGCAGGAGAUCAGGACACUGGCCUUGAUGGGUCCUCCUGGUCUUCCUGGACAAACAGGCCCACCCGGACCUCCCGGGACUCCAGGCCAAAGGGGGGAGAUUGGACUGCCAGGCCCUCCGGGACACGAUGGGGACAAGGGACCUCGGGGAAAACCAGGAGAUAUGGGACCCCCUGGCCCCCAAGGGCCCCCGGGAAAGGAUGGGCCUCCAGGAAUGAAGGGAGAGGCUGGACCCCCAGGAAUCCCUGGGGAGAAAGGGGAGACAGGACAAGCAGGUCCCCAGGGUCUAGACGGCCCAACUGGGGAGAAAGGAGAACCAGGUGACCAAGGGAAGCCCGGAGCGACAGGAUUACCUGGGCCCAUCGGGCUCCCGGGAUUCACAGGAGAGAAAGGAGAAACUGGGGAGAAAGGUGACCCAGGAGCGGAGGUUCCCGGGCCGCCAGGGCCAGAGGGGCCUCCAGGACCUCCGGGCCUCCAAGGUGUUCCUGGACCAAAGGGAGAAGCAGGCCUGGAUGGCACCAAAGGAGAGAAGGGAUCCCAGGGAGAAAAGGGAGACCGAGGGCCUCUGGGAUUGCCUGGUACUCCAGGACCAAUCGGAGUUCCAGGCCCCGCCGGACCAAAGGGCGAGAGGGGCAGCAAAGGAGACCCAGGGCUGACAGGACCAACGGGAGCAGCAGGACUUCCUGGUUUACAUGGACCACCCGGGGACAAAGGAAACCGGGGGGAGAGGGGGAAGAAAGGCUCUAGAGGGCCUAAAGGGGAUAAAGGGGACCAAGGAGCACCUGGACUAGACGCCCCCUGCCCGCUGGGCCACCGAGGUUUUAAAGGAGAGAAAGGGGAGCCGGGGCUACCAGGGCUGGACGGACUGGAUGCCCCAUGCCCACUGGGAGAAGAUGGCUUACCAGUCCAAGGCUGCUGGAACAAGUGACGCCUCUAACCUCGGAUUGGCCUGUGUGUGUGUUUGUACAUAGGAUAUUUAUUUGUAUACAGUUUUCACUUUUUGAAAAUGCCCAAAGUAUGAUGCAUCUUACAGAUCAUUUAAAAAGAGGAGGAAAAAAACCUGAAUAUUUUGUACAGAAAAUAACCUGUUCCCUUUUGUUUACAAGACAUUUUUGUAUAAAUCUGUUUCUAAUACGCUGUCUGUGAGUCUGCUCGUAAUGUUGCAUGAUAUUUGUGCACACUUAUUAAACAUCACAGCUUAAUAAAUUAUUGUGUUCCAGUGCCAAAGGGGGCCUGCCAGCAAAGAGGUCUGCGAGCUUACGUGUGAAUUCACAAAAAUGUGGAGGUCCAUGAUGUUUGCCAGACUAGAUGUAUCUGAUAAUAUUUUAAACUUCAACUGACUUUCAUUAUUAUUAAAAAAAUGA